AUGACAAAGAGAAUCAGAUACCGAGACUGGAGAUGGCAGGCGCUUUGGUGGCAUCAUUUCUUUCUCUUGUGGAUUACAAUAGACGGACAGACUCGUUACAGCAUCCCGGAGGAACUAAAACAGGGAUCUGUGGUAGGAAAUUUAGCCAAAGAUCUGGGUUUAGGACUAUCAGACAUUUUUGACCGUAAACUGCGCGUCGCCUCUGAGACUGGUGAGCAGUAUUUCAGUGUGGAUGCGGGGAAGGGCGAGCUGGUGGUGAAUGACAGAAUAGACAGAGAGGCUUUAUGUGGACAAAGCGCCAGCUGUGUUCUACCUCUGCAAGUAGUAAUAGAGAACCCCCUACAUCUUUACCGGAUAGAGGUGGAAAUAAAAGACGUUAAUGACAAUUCUCCCAGUUUCUUGAGCAAAGAAAAGAAUUUGAAAAUUCCAGAACUGACAGCGGUGGGUGCGCGUUACCCUUUGGAGACCGCACAGGACCUCGACGUGGGUAGUAAUUCGCUAAAAUCGUACAGUCUCAGCAAAGACGAAUGUUUUAGUUUAAAAAUUAAAGAACUGGCUAAUGGAAGAAAAGUACCAGAGCUUGUAUUAGAAAAGCCGCUUGACAGAGAAAAACAAAGCGUCCAUCAGUUGCUGUUGACAGCGUUAGAUGGAGGCAACCCUGUCAAAACUGGAACAUCACAGAUUAUUGUGACUGUCUUAGACAACAAUGACAAUGUCCCUACGUUCAAAAAACCUUUAUAUAAAGUAACUGUGCCUGAAAACAGUCAAAGUGGCUUCAUGCUCACAAAAGUAGAAGCAACAGACCCAGACGAAGGUGUUAAUGGAGAAAUUGAAUAUUCAUUUGCUGACCACACACCGGAGACACUGAUGUCUAUUUUUCAGAUAAACUCGGUGACAGGAGAAAUUUUCUUAAUAGGACAAUUAGAUUACGAAAACAGUGCUACACAUGAAAUAGAUAUUACUGCAAAAGAUAAAGGCAUUCCUGAAAAUGAAGGCCACUGUCGGGUGCAAGUGGAAAUAAUAGACAUAAAUGAUAAUGCUCCAGAAAUUGUUCUGACUUCAAAACCUAGCAAAGUACCUGAAGACGCACCGAGUGGCACAGUAGUGGCUUUGCUCACUGCUCGAGACCUGGACUCCGGUGACAACGGUAAAGUGACAUUACAGCUUCCCAAGGGUUCUCCUUUUAACCUGAAACCCUCUUUUUCUAAUAAUUACGCUCUGGUUACUGCCGGUGCGUUAGACAGAGAGACUUUCUCCGAGUAUAAUGUUGAGAUAACAGCCACUGAUUCAGGCUCUCCUCCUCUAUCGACUAAAAAGACGAUUAAUGUCACAGUUACUGAUGUUAAUGAUAAUCCACCUGUAUUCACUCAGCCCACCUAUGCUGUGUAUUUAAAAGAGAACGGAGUACCAGGUUCUAUACUGUUCUCAGUAUCAGCAUCUGACCUGGAUUUCGGUGAAAACGCUAAGAUC